CGCCUCGCAUAGUAAUACGUCUUGUGAAUAUUUGGACUUAAUCGUUGUCCAGCAGUGGACUGAUUAAAGUUGGGACUGCGAAUGAGUUGAAGUGGGAAUUCUCUCGUCACCACCAUGCACAAUAACGGCGAUGGUUCGCUCUCUCCUCGGGAAAGCUGUACAAAUGGUUGCGGCCAGCGGAACCCGGCUACAGUCCGGCAAAGGACGGACAGUGGCGCAGAGUACAACACCGAAGAGGACUCCAAGAAAAUGGAACAGACUUUGGUGGUCAAAAAGGCCAACCGAGAAAUCCUAGAUCACGAGCGAAAAAGAAGAGUCGAGCUCAAAUGCAUGGAGCUCCACGAGAUGAUGGAGGAACAAGGAGCCCUGAGAUCAGAAUUGAACAGACAGUCUGGUGUACUGCAAUCAAGAUAUUUUUCCAUAUGAUGAGAGGAAGCAAUUACCAGGGAAGAUAGCAGAAC